UAAAUGUCCCGUUUUGGGGGAUGAAGAGACAGACUGGAUGGGUUGGUGUGUGCUCGUGGAGCAGAGCGAAAGGGGGAAUACACUUCUGCCUUAAAUUGGUCUGAGUCCUUGUCUCGGACGACCCAACUCUGUGACUAUUACGCAUCAUGGCUAAGCUGGUGGAGUGUGUGCCCAACUUCUCAGAGGGCCGGAACAAAAAGGUGAUUGAUGCCAUAGCAGAGGCCAUCUCCAGCACGGAGGGAUGCAGUCUGCUCGACGUGGACCCUGGAUCCUCCACCAACCGUACAGUCUACACCUUUGUAGGCUCGCCACAGGCUGUGGUGGAGGGUGCACUGAACGCUGCACGCACUGCCUUCCCACUCAUUGAUAUGACCAAACACUCAGUAUGUACGUUUGUUGUAGGGGAGCAUCCACGGAUGGGCGCCAUGGACGUGUGUCCCUUCAUCCCUGUCCAGAAUGUCACUAUGGACGACUGUGUCAACUGUGCCAACAUAUUUGCCCAGCACUUAACAGAUGUGCUGCAUGUACCUGUGUAUCUUUAUGGAGAAGCAGCGAGGAAGGAGAACAGGAGAUCUCUUCCCUCUGUCCGGGCAGGGGAGUAUGAGGCCUUGUCUGAGAAAUUGAAGAGGACAGAGUGGGCUCCUGACUAUGGCCCUGCAGCCUUCGUGCCCUCCUGGGGAGCUACAGUAGCAGGCGCUCGCAAAUUCCUGGUUGCCUACAACAUAAACCUACUCAGCACCAAGGAACAAGCCCAUCGGAUUGCACUAGAUAUCCGGGAACAGGGCAGAAGCAAAGACCAGCCGGGUCUGCUGAAGAAGGUGCAGGGAAUGGGCUGGUACCUGGAAGAGGCGAACAUAGCCCAGGUGUCCACCAACAUCCUGGACUUUGAGCUGACGCCCGUCCACACUGUUUACGAAGAGAUCUGCAGCGCUGCCAAGGACCUGAACCUGCCAGUGGUGGGCUCUCAGAUUGUAGGCAUCAUGCCUCUGAGAGCCGUGCUGGACUGUGCCGACUUCUACAUCCAGAGAGACAAGCUCUUCAUUGUGGAGGAGGAGCACAAAGUCCGUCUGGUCAUCAGUAAACUUGGGCUCGAUUCACUUGGGCCUUUCGACCCCAAAGAGAGAAUCAUAGAGUACAUGGUGGAGAGGACUGAGGAGGACAAGCGUCUGGUGUCUCUGUCUCUGCAGCAGUUUGUCCGCAGCGUGGGGGCCAGAACCGCUGCUCCGGGAGGAGGGUCAGUCUCUGCUGCCGUCGCUGCAAUGGGGGCUGCUCUGGGAGCCAUGGUGGGUCAGAUGACCUAUGGGAAGAGGCAGUUUGACAGCCUGGACAGCAUCAUGAGGAGACUCAUCCCUCCCUUUCAUCAGGCCAUGAAUGAACUGCUGGUCAUGGUGGACACAGACUCCAAGGCGUUCAGUCGCUACAUGGCUGCAUUGAAGAUGCCAAGAAACACAUCAGAUGAAGUCAAAAGGAGGGAAGAUGCCAUGCAGGAGGGUCUGAAGCAAGCCGUGGCGGUCCCACUGUCUCUGGCUGAACGAGUCAACCUGCUGUGGCCUUGUCUAAAGGAAAUGGUGCUCUACGGAAACGUGGCCUGCAAGUCUGACCUCCAGGUAGCAGCUAAAGCCCUGGAAACAGCAGUGUUUGGAGCCUACUACAACGUUGCGAUUAACCUCAAGGAUAUCACAGAUGAGUCCUUCAAAGUGACUACUCAACAGAGAGCGUCAGCUCUGCUUACUGAGGCCAGGGAGAGUGCUAAUGCAGUCCUGGAUGCUGCAGAGAGAAAAGAUUGAAGAAGUUACCACAUUACUAAAGCACCACCCACUGCCUGCCUAAGCCUCAAACCAGGCUUUCAAAACCAUCAAUUCUCAUAACACUUUACAAAAUAAACUGGGUUCACUCAAAUAAAUGCUUGAUCAACUACU